AUGGAGGAAAAGUCUUCUAAAACUCACCCCAGGUCCCACCCCGGCCCGUGGUGUAACUUCUCACUCUCGGGCUGGCUCAGGACCCCCGCCCCCAGCCUGCUCACCGCCCCCACCCCGACCAUUCCCAGCUCCCCGCGGCCCUUGGCUCCCCUCGUUGUAUGUGGCCCACAGGAGUCCGCCAAGCUUUUGGAGCGCCGCGGCUCAGGCAAGUUGAGACGGACCAGCGACGUCCGGAAUCUGUGGACCACGGGCACGCUGUCCCUGCAGCAGCUGAACACGCCGCUGCCCACUGUCUCCGAGUGCUCCGACUCGGAGGACGAGAGCGCGGACCACAAGACGCAGAUCUUCGACGACCGGAAGGCCGUCCCCGCCUCGGUCACCGGCUGGGAUGAACAAGAGGAGAGAGAGGACAUUACUCUGAAAGACAAGGAAAGCUUCACGCAAGAAGUGGUGGACGAGCACAUCAUGUUGGGGAUGGAGCUGCACCGCAGCGGCUCCGUGGGAAGCGAUUUAGAGGAGGGGGUCGAGGAUGCCAAACCUAACGCCCAGACCGUAAGGGCUUCGGUGUCAUCACACAGCCUCUCGAAACACACACCCCAUCGAGCCUACUGGGCAGAACAGCAGAACAGGCUGCCGCUGCCCCUGACGGAACUCAUGGAGCAGGAGGCUCUGGAAAUCCUCACCAAGGCUCUCUACAGCUACCGGUCCCGGAUCGGCUGGGACCACUUUCUGACCAAGCAGCUGCAGCGACACAUCGAGGGGCUCAGGAAGCGCCGGUACAAGAGGCUGAACGUCUUACCGCAAUGAGGGCACAGCCUCGGCUCUAGCCUGGAUCCCUGUCCCGUCCCCAGACCCAAGCCUGACCCCGUCCGCGUGGAAUCCGUACCCUAGAGAAAUAAAAGAGUC